ACUUGCGGCAGGUUGAUUAUUGGGAACCACCGGCUAGGAUAGACAAUGAUGAGGCGGUGAAGUACUACUAAUGAAAGUGUAAUUCGCGUGCAUCCUUUCAGAUUUAAAGAUAUUUUACGACUUCUUGUGCAAAAAUGACGACGACUACGACAUAUCAAGGCAUGGAGCCCGGAUCAAAAAGCAGCUCCAGGGUUUUGCGCCCUCCUGGUGGCGGUUCCAACAUUUCACUCGGUGCAGAUGAGGAGAAGCCUCCCGUCCGGAAAAACAAGAUGGCCUCCAGUGUUUUCGCUGAGCCAGAGGACCCCUAUGCUAAUCGAAGGAACAACCCACCAGGUGGGAAGCCCACAGGAGUACUGUGUGGUGAGCCUUCAGCCCCCCUGAGGAGAGGAGGGAACCCCACCGCCAACCACACUGCAGAUGCCCCGGCCACAGAUGGAGAAACUUCUGUACGCGAUAUUGAAAACAGUGUUGCUGAGCCCGAAGCAGCUUCUGGGCAGCAAGACGAGGCCCCUCCAGCUGAGGACUCCGCUGCAGGACUACCGUCCGGCCGCAGGAAUCCCCCCGGGGGCAAGUCCAGCCUCAUACUGGGUUGAAUCCCAGCCAGCCGCCCCUCCUUACAUCCACUCAUCUCUGAAGUCAUCCUUUGUUGUUAUUUUUUUUUUUUUUUUUUUUUUUCUUCAAACAAGGAACCCCCAGCCCAUUUGUCUGUACCACAGGAACCCUAUCUGAUGUCCAACAGACACCAGUCCUCCUCCACAUCCCCAAGUGCAUUGUUUUGAUACCUCUUUUUUGAAAACUGUUUUGUACUGUUUUUAUUGUUUGUUUGUUUUGACAGAAGCACUUUAUGUAUUUCUAAUUACAUGGUUCAAAGUCUGCCUUUGCCCUGUAAUGCAUUAGACCUGCCAGAAAGGGUACAAGGAUCACAUUUCUACUAUAAACCAGUGGUAAAUCUCUCCCAUCACAAGCUGUAGGUGAUUAUACAAGCAGUUUCUAGAACACGCGCAAAGAAAAAAAGCUGUCUUUUUUGCACUGUGUUCGGUUUCGACCCAUCUUGCAUGCACGUCUGGUCUGUAACGUAUGAAUGUGAGAACAUAACUGUGAAGAUUUAUUUCUUUUGUUAAUUUAACCUGUUUGUUAGUUGUUUUUUUGUGGAAUAAUUGUCGUAUUGUUGUUGCAUGAAGUUGAAAUCUUUCUACUGAUAUGAUUAUGAUCCAUGUAGGAGCCACAUAAAUGACUGUCAUUGUGAUCUGAAGGAUGCAAACAUUUGUCUUCAGAUGGUUACUGUAGGUCCCAUGUCAGGUAACAGAAUUGGAAUAAGCCUUUUUUAUAUUGUAGUCUCAAACCUUAGAUUAUUGUACCCCCAGUGCCGGUUUUGAGUGCCCCGUGUUUUUAUAGGUAAAAUUUGCUCUAAAAUAAAGUGUGCCUGUUUGUGUGUUAGGCUACAACAUCAAACAAGGUUGGGUUUCCCCAAUUGCAUCCUUACCAGUAUCAGCAAGGGCAAGUCUCUCCAUUGCAAGUCAGUGGAAUGUUGUUGGUCCUGAUACUUACAGUGUUUCUGGUAAACCCCUCCUAGAUUUGACAAGUGACCUUAUGACAGCUCAGCCUUUUUUUUUCUUCUUUUCUUUCCCUGUGUUUUACCCUCCUUUUCCAUUUGUUAACGAUCCUGCUCACUGGAACUAUAGAACAGUCUUUUUGUACAUUUCACGUCACAUUAUUUAAACCAAAAUUCAGAACUCCCUCCUGCUUCUGUCUUGUCGAGUCACGUGCGCGAACGCUGUGUCAGCCAGCUGUCACGCCAGAGCACCUAGGUUUCAGCUACAUGAAGUGUUAUUCCUGUGGUGUCUGUUUUUAACGCGUGUUACGAUGCAAGACAUGUCUGUUUGCAUUCUUUACCGAUUCCUGUCGCUGGAUGUAAGUCACUGCAGGAAUCUGAAUUCAAGAAAUGGCACAAGUGGAAAUGAACAUUAAAAAU